AUGGAGGACACCACACGCCCAACGAGACAGAUAGCUGCAAACCUCGAUACUAAUGCAAAUGGCGACGCAACUCUCUACACCCGCGUCCAGCACAUAACCACACAAACCAAUACACCCCAUGAAGGACAUACAUACAGCCCGCCUGUUGAUCUCCUCGAGGUAAAAGAUGUGGGCUGGGACACUUUGCAGGAUCGAUCAAAAGACUAUGCCAUCGAUGGCGUAACGAAUGAGGAUUUACGGCUUCUUGUGAGAAGAUUCAAUAAGCAUGUUUUCCAUGUCAAGCACACGCCAGAGCUUCCUGAAGACGAGUUGGAUAUGAAUGUUGCCCCCGAACAACAAUUCUCCUCAAAUAAGCUCCGGUCAGCACUUGAAAGGCUCUACAUGGGUGUUAUGAUGGGGAUGAUGAUCUCAAAGCAACACGUCGCAAGAUUACAGUCGUGGCGCGAACCGAGACGAACAGCCUCUCUUUGCAUCGCGUACUUUGUUGCUUGGUAUCUGGAACUUCUUAUGCCUGUUUUAUGGACAUUUUUAAUGGCAAUGCUUCUCUUCCCUGAAUUUCGAAGUAUUGUAUUCCCACCUUGCCCGCCCUCGAUGGUCCACUACCAAGACGGAAGUCUGGUAAAACCAGCCGCUGGUAUGCUAAGCACCACCGACUCAGGUACAGGUGCGCCAGAAAACUUUAAAGGGGAAGCUCUCGAAAAAGAAGCCAGUAACUUUGUAACCGGACUCGUCGCUCUUUCAGUGAACACAUUUGUCGUCAAAGAUCCUCAGCAUGGUGAAUCUCAAAAGGGAGGCGGGAAGAUAGCUGAAUUACCGGACCCGAGAUCGUUGGCCACAAAGAUAGUCACUGCGAAGGAGAAAGCAACUGGAGCGGACAAACCGUCGUCUGACAAAACCAAAGCGCCUAUACAAGAUAUUAUGUGGAGUCAGAUGGAGCCCAUACUGCGCAAAAUGUCCGUUAUUUGUGAUGUAUGGGAGCGCGGUGCAAACUUUGUUGAACCUUCGGCUCCUUUCCCAAAGCACAACCACAGGAUUGUCAGGAUAUUUCUCCCACUUAUCAUAGUAUCGACAUUUGUCUCAUGCCACACAGUUUACAGAAUUGCCAGUCUUGGAUUUGGUGUUGUGUUCUUUGGCAAUAUUUACCUAUCGAAUACAUACGAAUGGGCCCUAUCUACUGCGGUAAAAUUCACGUUUAAAGGAGUCCCGACGGAUUGUCAAGUUACUAUCACGUUGCUGCGAGAAGGCGAACGGAACAAAACGCCGCUUCUACCGCCACCGGUACCAACUGGUCCACCUUCACACGACCGCCCCUUGCUUGACGAUGACGUUAUUGGGGGAUCACUCGGUGAUCGUCCACUGGGUGCAACAAAGGCCGAGAUUCAAAAGGCUGGGGAACGAGAUGCAGGGAUGAUCGAGGACACUGGAGGUGACGACCACGAACACUGCAAGCCAGGCAGCGGUGGAAAAAAGCGAAGCAAGCUUAUGAGUAUCAUCAAACCUGUCGCUCAAGCAGCUGCAAAGACCGUGAUCGGCGUGGACAAGCUCCGAGCAAAAGCAGGCUCCGAGUCUGCAAAGAACCGUGUCGGAGCUGCCUCACCAAGGGAAGAAGCCCCCAUCGCCGGCCCAGUUGAGUUUACAUGUCGAUGGCAUGGAGAGAGGGGUUUCGUCUAUCUCACCACCGACACCGUAUCCCCUUCUCUGUGCUUCUCAAAGCGAUCUUCGGUGGGAGAUUUGGAUAAAGAGAUAUACCAAGCAGUCGAACCAGCGUGGGUUAUCCCAGUUUCGCGGAUUACUAUGAUCAACAAAUACUCUGGCUAUGGAGCCAAGGCGAAACUCAUGGCUGGCUGGGCACUGGAUGGUGUUAUCUCAGAUGGAAUGGAAAUAGUUGAUAGCGAAGGGGGGACGUUCUUGAUCACUGCCAUGGAACGCAGAGAUGAGUUGUUCAACCGGCUUUGUUCUAUUGGCGAUCAGAAGUGGGAAAUUUGGUAG